AUGUCCAGGAGAAUCAAGGUGCCCCAAGGCGCCGACAGUAUACAUUCAGACAUAGUCACCCCCGAAGAGGGCCAGUCGACCAAAAGUAAAGAGAGACAGAAACAAAAGCAAAUAAAGACAGACAAGAACAAGAACAAGAACAAGAACAAGAACAAGAACAAGAACAAGAACAAGAACAAGAACAAGAACAAGAACAAGAACAAGAACAAGAACAAGAACAAGAACAAGAACAAGAACAAGAACAAGAACAAAAACAAAAACAAAACAACCUCUCUCUCACCUCCACCUCACACCUUCACCCAGUUUUCUUCCUUCAUCUCACCUCGCUGA